UCCAUGUUGGUCAGGCUGGUCUCGAACUCCCAACCUCAGGUGAUCUGCCCACCUCAGCCUCCCAAAGUGCUGAGAUUACAGGCAUGAGCCACCACGCCCGGCCAGAAUCAUUUCUUAAUAUGACAAAAUAUCUUGUCAAUGUUCAAAUUCCCCUGAUUGUGUCUUCAUGUUUCUUUAUGGUUUGUUUAAAUCAACAACUCACUGAGAUGUUUAAGUCUCUUAGAUUUAAGGUUAUAUCUCUUAAUCUGUGUUCUAAUCCCUCCCUUCUUAUAGCUUAUUUGUUGAUGACACUAGGUUGUUUGUCCUGAAAUUUCCUACAGUCUAUAUUUUGCUAAUUGAAUUCCCAUGGUAUUGUCUAAUAUGCUCCUAUGCCUUCCAUACUUUCUGUAAAUUGAUAGACUUAGAGCUUGAUGAGAUUCAAGUUUUUGUUUUGACAGCAAGAAUACUUAAUAGAUGUUAUUGUAUUCUUCCAUCAGAAAGCACAUAAUGUCUGGUGUCUCCUUUUUUGUGUGAUGUUAAUAGUAAAGUAACAGCAUAUAAGUUGCAGGGCCAGGAUUUAGACUUAAACUCAGCUUUUUUUUUCACUAUGCUUCACAGGAGGCCUCCCUGGUCCUCUUCUCAACUCUUAUUACUGUUCUAUUUCCAACUCCAGGAUGAAAUAAGAAGAAUCAGUAAGUUGACACCCACUUAGGAAGGUUUCUGAUUCUCGGCCCAUUCUGUCCCUCUGUCCUCUCUCUAAGAGCAGACGUGUAGGUAGAAGAGGUAAGAAAUGAAGUAGGGCCAUCAGGAAGAACAAGAACCAAUGGGACAAUCACCUCCGAAUUCCCUGUGGAAGCCCACCAUUUAAACAUCACUUAAGGAGGGAAAGUAUGUUUGAUAAAUGAAAUGGAGUUAGGUGGGGAAGAAGGAAAAGCUUCUAGCUGGGUGCAGUGGCUCAUGCCUGUCAUCCCAACACUUUGGGAGACUGAGGCAGAAGGGCCAGGGGUUCAAGACCAGCCUAGGGAACAUAGUGAGACCUUGUCUCUAUUUUAAAAAUAAAAUAAAUAAGGAAAAACUUCUUGACUAAGAGAAUGAUAUAUCUAUAAGUGCUGAUUGAACAUACUUUUGAAAUUCUCCUCUUGGUAAAUUCAUUUAACAAACAUUUUUUUUAAUUACUUUUUUUUUUAAGACUGGGGUUUCACCAUGUUGGUCAGGCUGGAACUCCCGACCUCAGGUGAUCCGUCCACCUUGGCCUCCAAAGUGCUUGGAUUACAGACAUGAGCCACCACAUCCGCCCAUUUAACAAACAUUUUAUGAGCACCUGCUGAGUGCCAGGCACUGUUAACACAGGUGCUGGGACUUCAACAUGAAUGAGCCAACAUGCCUCCCCACAAGGCUCUCAGUUUAAGGAGGAAGACAGUGACAAUAUAGACACAUCUGACCUGGGGUGGCAAAGACACACAGGAGGAAAAGGACAAGAUCAAGGAUUUUUGUGUGUGUGUGUGUGAAGAUGGGAUGUUGCUAUGUUGCCCAAGCUGGUCUCAAACUCUUAGGCUCAGGCAGUCCUCCUGCCUCUGACUCCUUGAGGUCUGGGAUUACAGGUGUGAGUGAAGCGUUCCAGAAGCUGAACCAGUUGGUCGUGUGCCCUGUCUCUCACCCACAGUCAGAUUGCAGGCAGAAGGCCACAAGCUAUACAAGGACCUGAAGAACUUCCUUAGUGCAGUCAAAGUGAUGCAUGAAAGUUCAAAAAGAGUGUCAGAAACCCUGCAGGAGAUCUACAGCAGCGAGUGGGAUGGUCACGAGGAGCUGAAGGCCAUCGUAGGGAAUAAUGAUCUCCUUUGGGAGGACUACGAGGAAAAACUGGCCGACCAGGCUGUGAGGACCAUGGAAAACUACGUCGCCCAGUUCAGCGAGAUUAAGGAGAGAAUUGCCAAGCGGGGACGGAAGCUCGUGGACUAUGAUAGUGCCCGACAUCACCUGGAAGCAGUGCAGAAUGCCAAGAAGAAAGAUGAGGCCAAGACUGCCAAGGCAGAGGAAGAGUUCAACAAAGCCCAGACUGUGUUUGAAGAUCUGAACCAAGAACUGCUGGAGGAGCUGCCCAUUCUUUAUAAUAGUCGUAUUGGCUGCUAUGUGACCAUCUUCCAAAACAUUUCCAACCUGAGGGAUGUCUUCUACAGGGAAAUGAGCAAGCUGAACCACAAUCUGUACGAGGUGAUGAGCAAACUGGAGAAGCAACAUUCCAAUAAAGUCUUUGUGGUGAAGGGACUAUCAAGUGGCAGCAGGCGCUCUUUAGUCAUUUCUCCCCCAGUUCGAACAUCUACGGUCUCCAGUCCACUUAACUCACCUACUAGUUCCUCUACACUUUCCUUGAAGAGUGAGAAUGAAUUUGUCUCAGCAACUGAAGAUCUGGCACCUGAUGCAGCCCAGGGGGAAGGCAAUUCUGAGAUCAAGGAGCUCUUAGAAGAUGAGGAAAUAGAGAAGGAAGGAUCUGAAGCAAGCUCCUCUGAGGAAGAAGAGCCUCUACCAGCCUGCAAUGGCACCGCCCAGGCCCAGCCCUCUCUUGCCAUUAAAAGCGCCAAGUCCCAGGAGGAAGUUCCCCCCAACUCCCCAACUCCAUCACCAGGCAGAGCCCUGAGCCCUUCAGGGCAGCCUUCAUCAUCUGCCACUGAAGUCAUCCUCCGAACCCGCGCUGCAAGUGAAGGAUCUGAACAACCAAAUAAGAGAGCCUCUGUCCAGAGAACCUCAGCACCCCCUUGUAGGCCUCCUCCACCCAGAGCCACUCCAAGCCCCAGGCCCUCCUCAGGGAACAUACCCUCCAGCCCUCCAGCCUCUGGAGAGGGUUCACCCACCAGCCCUAGGGCCUCCUUGGGGAGUGGGACUCCAAGUCCUAGGACCUCCCUUGAGGUUUCUCCUAAUCCAGAACCACCAGAGAAGCCAGUAAGAACUCCUGAGGCCAAAGAAGAUGAAAACAUCCAGAACCCCAAAGAACUUUGCACUUCCCCCGCCUUAAUGACAUCUCAGAUUGCUUCAGAGCCUGGAGAGGCAAAGACGAUGGAAGACAAGGAAGAAGAUAAGCUUGUCUCAGCUGACUCCUCUGAGGGCCAAGACCAGCUUGAAGUCUCCAUGGUACCAGACGAGAGCAACCUCACAGCACCUGAACCUCAAGAAGAGGUUUCUACAAGUGAAAGUGCACAGCUCUGAAGAGAAACUGCCAAGACUCCCCCCAUUCACACCUCCCCAGAGAAGCUCUUCAACCAGAGGGUAUGGGUCAGAGGGAUAUAAGAACCAGCAUUCAUCCCUGGGUUCUCACUAGGAAUGCUGGUGCUCUCUAAAGACCUGGCAUUAAUGGAGGUGGGGGAGCAGCCUUAUGGGAGGAAUGGAGAGAGGCAGGCUGGGGAGAAGAGAGUAUUAGACUCAGGGAAUAUUUAAUUCAGGUUUUAGCAUUAUUAGAAUAAGACUUUAAGCCGGGCGCGGUGGCUCACGCCUGUAAUCCUAGCUCUUUGGGAGGCUGAGGUGGGUGGAUCACCUGAGGUCAGGAGUUCAAGACCAGCCUGACCAACAUGGUGAAACCCCAUCUUAAAAAAAAUAAAGACUUUAUACAUUAAAGUGAAGCUAUAAUCACAAUAAAAAGCAAAAGUAUCUAUAGACACAGACACUUGUCUAUACAGAGACAUCACCAUACAUACUGAGAGGAUACUGAACAAACCUCUUUGACUUAUGACUCAUUUUGCAAGACUUAAAGCCAGAAGAACACAUUUUCAGAUUGUUAAAUAAAGUCUGAUUCUGAC